CUGCAAAACGUGUUCGUUUCAAGGGCGGCCUACAAGAAAACAGCCGAUAAGAGCAGGCGUCGUCUGUUCGGUUGCCUCCAGGGUGACCACAUCACAGAGCUGAACGCGCUAACUGCCUUCGAACGAGAAUCUGCCAAGCGCACCGCCGGUGGUGGCGAGGAGAAUCUAAAACGUUGGUGCAAAGAGGUGGGUCUUAAUGGCCGAGGCCUGUCCCGGGCCCUCUAUAUUCGUGACAAGAUUGCCAAUAUCUUCAAGCGACAGAAGCUGCCAUGGGUGGCUGCAGAACCAGCCGGAAAUGCGGAACCCGUAAUUCGAGCCCUGCUACGUGGCUACUUUACUCAGGUUAGACCUUAUGAAUAUAUCUUCCCUGACCUCCUCCUGUACCUCGCACCACCUCGCCCCUUCUACCAAAUGUUUACUUUAUAA